AUGGAGUUCCCUAUGAAGUUGGGCAUAGGGAUGUUCGUGCGACAUGAGAUGGAGCCGUUGGGUGCCGCAAGACAGCCUGCAAGUCUUCAAAGUCGCGUGGCAAUGCCUCAGGUUCGGCAGCUGGUUCGGGGAACGGGCAGCGAGGUUACCGCGAGCGCGUGGAACGGAUCGCGAACGCGAUGGGCGGCCGGCACGGCGGACGGCGCGCUGCAGAUCUGGGAGCGCUGCGACGACGGCGCGGAGCGCGGGCCGCUGAGCCUCUCCGCGAGCUGGCCGUUGGGGGAAAGUGUCGGAGGGGAUAAAGCAGCAGCAGCGCACGUGGUGUGGGCGCCACAGGAAUUCGGGGGAAAGCUGGCUGUGGCGUGUAGGGGGAGCAGCCGCGUGCACAUCUGGGGGAAGGUUGGGGGCGCGGGGGAAGGGGGGGAUGGGCGGGAUAGGGCCACGGGGAAACGAGGGGGGGAUGGGGGAAGUGGGAGCGGCAGGGAAGAGCGGGAUGGGGAGGAGAGGAAUAGAGAAGGCGAGCCGGACACUGAAAUGGGAGGCGGAGGAGGGGGUGAAAAGGGAGGAGGGGCCGAAGCUGACCAAUCAGGAGCAGGAGGAGGUAAUCGGUGGAGGCAGAUGGCAGUGGUGGAUGUGGCGGUGACAUCAGAGGGGAGAAUGGUGGUGCAUCGCUGCAACGACUGCCUCACUCUUUCUCACUGGUCGCUCGAGACUGACGUGGCACUGUUUCCGUACGCUGACGUCAGCAUGGGCAAGGAGCUGCUGUCGCGUGCGAUCAUAGCCGUCCAUCCGUCCACGCGUGCUUUCGGCCAAUCACCCGCGGUUGCCAUUGCCACUUGUGCAGCAGCAGGCAGCAACAAGGGUGAAAGCAACACUGCUAAGGUGUGGGUGCGCAGUGAUCGUUACAUGCACUGGCAUGCCAUAGCAGACCUCCUACCUGCCACCUCUGCAACCACAGCGGCCAAUCAACCACCGCCACCUGUCACCAGCAUCGCAUGGGCGCCCACCCUAGACAGGCCUUUCGAUGUGGUUGCCGUAGCUGCUUCUUCCGCUGUGAAUCUGGUUCGGAUAGACUAUCCGAACCAGCCUGGCUCGGCGCAGCAGUUUACCGAGCCCGAUGAAGCGCAAGAUGCCAUGGGUAUGGGAGAUGGUUCCGAGGCAGGGCGUUACCACUCCAAGCCUUCCAAGGCUGCAGUUCAGGUUCGACAGGUGGCCCGGCUGGCCUCCACCAGUUCUGCGCAGGUGCAUCAAGUUUCCUGGGACCUACUAGGGUCUAGCCUGGCGACAGUAGGAGCGGAUGGUGUGGUAACAGUGUGGAAACAGAGUGCUAUGGGAAAAUGGGUGGGGCAUCCUGUCUACGCUGCAAAUUAA